AUGGUAACACUGCUGAUCGUGAUUCCUGUACUUCUGACGCACCUCAACUCCCGACCUGGCAACACUGACUCUUUGGCUACAAGCACAGGCACUGCUGUGCUGACGAGGACUGACCAGGUGACAUCGGCUGACGUCAUCAAGAUGACUCCUGACCACGGACGUGGCGUCACUGCGGGGAUGGAAGCAGCAGGACCUGCACCAACCGACAAGCCGGUGUCAACCACCACAAAAGAUCAGGCCAACAAGAAACAGGUCAUCACCUUUGGUGAUAAGUCGGGGCCUGGAAAACUGCAGAGAGCACGUGGAGUGGCAGUUUCCCCCGACAACAAGAUCUGGGUGGCCGAUCGUGCCCAACCGCGUCUCCAAGUGUACAGCAUGGGCGGCGCUCAUCUGUACCACUUCCCACAAGGCUCAGCCGGGCUGGGGUACUCAUCCAAGGAGCCACAGGAUGUGUCCAUCGACAGAGAUGGUCAUCUGUGGGUCUUGAUGAGUGGGUAUCCUACCAGCUCUGAUGCCGUGGCACAGUUCGACAGGAAAGGUCAUCUCAGAGCCAACUUCGACCUUCCAGGAACUGUGCCACGGAUUGCACCCCGCGGGAUGGCUGUGGGCUUGCGCAACAACCACGUUUUCGUCACCUGGUCUGGCGGUUACAGUGGUGGCGUACAAGCCUUCCAGCCUGACGGGAAAUGCCUGUGGGAAGUCGGUCCCCAGCAGCGGAUGAUGACACCCAUGAACGUCGCCGUUAACGGGGAUGGAAACAUCUUCGUCUCCGACUUUAACACUCACUUCAUCUACAUCUAUGAUGAGAACGGACAGUUCGUGAAGAUGUUCGGAGGUCCAGGACGGAGUGAUAGCAACCUGAGUCACCCACAAGGCAUCGGUGCGGACAGUUCCGGUCACAUCAUGGUGGUGGACGAUAGUAACCAGCGCGUGGUGGUGUACACAGACCGGGGUGAGUAUGUCCGCCACAUCGCUGUCCAUGUCAAACUCCCAACAAGGGUUGCAGUGGGGCCGGGAGGACAGUUGGUUGUGAUCAAUUAUAACACAAUCACUGUCUUCCCCCGCUACUGAUAAUAAUGCACAAGCACGGUGGUAAAAUCUGGACUGCAAAGUUCCCACAUUCCAUAGAACCCGAACUGUG